AUGGGUUAUCGUUACAGCCAGCCGCUCAUUUGCAACUCGCCGUUUUCUCCUCUUAAACUUAUCAAGUCAAUAGGAUUCACCAGUUACUUCGUAAGGUUAAUCAAUGAAGGUGGCUUUGUACAGCCCCUAGUCGCCGGCCUGGGUAUUUUCCGGUCACUUGAUUGCACACACGCACAAGCCCGAUUUGCCCACAAAUUUGCUGCCCCAGAGUGUCCCAACUUGCUGAAACUGAGGAAGGCCAUCGAGCAGAACUUUAAACCGAUUUGCUUCUACGUUAAGAAUGAUUACGCUAUGGGACACCAUGUUUACGAUCAGCACUUCUACGGAAUCCUUUGCUCGCCGCUUUUCGAAGGGAAGAGCUACAAGCAAAUAAAUGCGAUGGUAGAUCGCGUACUGGAGCCACUCGGAUUGGGAGGACGGGUUAAACUCCAUUGCCAGCCGCCAUCUCGUUUUGAAGGCAUUGCUCUACCGCCAGCAAGCCCCUGCUGUUUCAGUACUGUUGAACAUUUGAACACUUUGAAGUUUGAGUUCCUCUACGCCCUGCCAUGCCACGGAGCAGUGUUCUUCCUUAGAACCCCCCUAUUUAGCAUAGCAUUCAAGCUGAAACUGCGCGCAGCGCCCUUCGCUUCGUACACAGAGCCCUCAAACCACUACACAGCCGGUCAACAACGAAAGACGCAGCAGGUGCUGUCACUGCUACUCACAGGCGGAAGUGUAUUGGCGAGGAGUUUGCUGCUUCCGCUGACAGCUGAAUAG